AUGGCUGUAACAGUUGAAACAGGAAGAGCGAUCGUGAUAUUGGCAAAUACUUUAUCAUCUAUUUCUGCAUUAAUUUUGAUUGGUGCAAGUAUUUAUGGAAUGAUUGCAACUGAUGUACAUUUUGCUUCUUACGCAAUACCUCUUGCAUCCUUUAUUCUUGGAUUGUUUGUUCUUUUGGUUUCUAUGGUUGGAUGUUGUGGUGCUGUUAUUGAACAUAAACAAGUUUUAAUUGCUUACUUUAUAAUUCUUACAGUUCUAAUAAUAGCUCAAGUCAACAUUGCAAUCAUUAUGUUUUCUAAUGCUAGAAAUGUGGAGAAUAUUCUUGAUAAAGCAUGGGAUAAAGCGUACGUAGAUCAACCAGGUCUUAUACGUGAUAUUGAACAUAAGUAUUUCUGUUGUGGAUUUAGAAAUACAAAAGAUCGUGCAAUUCCUAAAUCAUCGCCUGACGCAUGUGAAAAAAAUCCAUGGUUUGGUUAUGAUCAAUCUUGUUUGGCUAGUCUGACUAAUGUUUAUAAAAGUAAUCAAACGGCCUUGGGUAUUUUAGGAUUGAUUUUGGCAAUCGUUCAGGUGCUUGCACUUCUCGCUUCAUUUAUUUUACUCAAAAGCUUGCCAAAUCAUCCUCCAACCGAUCAAGAUUACAGAAAUGAAUAUGAAGGACUUGUUAGAUCUGCUCAUGUCAGAGAUCCGGAGCGUCAACCAUCUAAAUCUACAAACACUGGUCGCUCAAAAUUUUAUGGCAGUACUUAA